AUGCGGUGCUGUACCAACCCCAACAGGAACUUGAAGGCUCAAAUGUUUUUAGAUAUCUGCAUGACUGGAGCAUUUGAAGAUGAUGACAUCACUCAUGUGGAAGGAAGUGUAGAUCCUGUUCGAGACAUUGAAAUAAUACACGAGGAACUUAGACUUAAAGAUGAAGAACUGAUCACUCAGUGUAUAGACAAGCUAGAAAAAGUAGCUGUGAGAGGAGGAGACAAGAAGUUGAAACCUGAAUAUGAUGUAAUGUGCAAAAUCAAAACCUGGGUAAUAGAUGAAAAGAAAGCUGUCCGCUUCUAUCAUGAUUGGAAUGACAAAGAGAUCGAUGUUUUGAACAAACAUUUGUUUUUCACAUCAAAACCCAUGAUCUAUUUGGUUAACCUUUCUGAAAAAGACUACAUUAGAAAGAAAAACAAAUGGUAAGUAUGUUUAGAUAAAUAUCUA